UCUAAAUGAGCAAACAUGUGAGAGAGGUUGCAGGAGCGAUGUUGCGGAGAUUUAAUUAACAUUCGAUUUAUUAUGAUGUGGCGUACCAGCAUGUUCCUCCUUAAUAUGCAAUGUUGACCAAUGGAUAGUUGAGAUAUACCUGAUUGCCUGUUGAAUUUAGAUGGCUGCACAUGAUGAAAGAAACUUCCGAACUUAUUACUAUGAAAAGUUUGGAAUUGGAGGAGUGGAUGAAAAGAAGUCACUGGAGAUUCUUCUGAAAGAACAACCACUGAACAUCGGAAAGCUGAGGCAGUUCUGUUUGAGAUUUCAAGUUCCAGCCAUGUACAGGAUUCAUUUGUGGAAAGUCAUUUUAGGUAUCACUCCAGCAAAUCCCAAAUCAACGGAAUUUGUGAUGAGUCAGCGUCGUCAGCAGUAUGAAAAUCUACACCAUGCUCUCAUGGUAAUGAGGAGAAUCAACAGUAACACUCCCCCGGGGGAAGUCUACACAAAGAUGUAUCUCCUACAAACUGGCAUGUUGUCAUUUGAGGAUCAUGAUUUGAAAAAUCCUGAGAACAAAGCUCUUGUUUCCAUGGGAACAUCAGUGAGCGGUAUCGUGGAGGACGACGUGGAUGGGUACUGGAUCACCACAAAGUUUUACACACUGUUCAGCAAGUGUAAAGAGUCACUUCAAAAGUUGCCAGAGAAGACAAUUCAGUACCUGAAAAAGGAAGAUACAGACCAGCGACUUGUCAACCACCUCAAUAAACAUGAUGUCUGGGGUUGUCUACCCCUGGUCGACUGGUACAGGCGAUGCUUCUCCAAUGUUCUUCCUGAUACCUCAUUUGAAAGAGUCUGGGAUAAAGUUAUCGGAGGAUCCUGUAGUAUACUUAUCUAUGUGGCAGUAUCUAUAUUCUUGACCUUCAAACGCCCCUUGUUGAGCAUGAACAGUCGAGAUGACAUGGUGAAUUAUCUUCUUAAGAUCCCAGGGGAUAGUGGUGAUGUCCUUGUGAUACAAGCUAUAGAGCUUUGGCAGAAACAUGGUGGACAUAUGAUACAGACAAAGUCAGACUCGCCCGUCUUCGUGGACCGGUCACCUUCCUGACACAGCUUAAAUGAUCUCUUGUAUUGAUUUGAGAAUUUUAAGAACUAAUCAUCGCUUUACUUAUGCAUGGUCAGAGUAAAUUCUAAGGAAUGUGUACACUGAGUUUGACAAUUAACAAACCCGGAUUGCGGUCUUUCCCAAAGGAAUUGAGCAUCAUCAUCUAUAGAACAUUUAUGGAAGACAUUCUUGUUACAUGUUGUUACAGCUUCAGAGCCAAACAAGUUUUACUGGCAGUAUACACUUGCCUGGUGAAGUGUAAUGUUGCAUCCUUAGAACACAAGGAUAAUUUUGGCUACCUAACUGGAUUCACAUAGACUGUGACAUCCUGCUGGUUGAAUAGUACUGAUAAAGCUGUCAUGAUCACUGUACAAAAUUUAGCAAAGUAAAAACAAUGUUUGCAUGAUUUUAAAGGAUGUUAAAGUUUUACAAUAGAGUUUUUUAUGCAAAUGAUUGUUUUAUGAAACAAUUAAAAGUUAAAGUUGGCAUCAAAGUUCAUUCCAGGGUGUAUCCCAAUUUUCAAAUGAAAAUGACAACUUUUCAAAGUAUAAGGAACUCACUGUAAUAAUGAUAUAUUUGGUAGAGGUGUGAGGAAAAGCUUUGAGUAAUGUCUGGUACUUGUAUCAGAUCACUGAACACUUUUCAUUUUACAAGACCUGGUCAUGUAUGUACUUUGUGAUGAAGAUUUGAAUAAAUUGUUGGAAAUCGU